AUGAAUUCUAUUCGUCAAAUUCAGGCGCUCAACAAGCGCGAGCUUGAGAAUGCAGUGCCACCCGAAGCUUCAUGGCACGCUGACUACCGCGAUACGGCUUACAUAUAUAUCGGGGGCCUUCCAUUCGAUCUUUCGGAAGGUGAUAUUGUCUCGAUUUUCUCACAAUACGGCGAGCCUGUCAACGUGAAACUAGUGCGCGACAAAGAUACUGGCAAGAGCAAAGGGUUUGCCUUUCUCAAAUAUGAAGAUCAGCGCAGCACUGAUCUUGCUGUCGACAAUCUCGGUGGCGCAACAGUAAUGGGCCGUGUUCUGCGAGUUGACCACACACGCUACAAAAAGCGAGAUGACGAAGACGAGGAAGACAAUGUUGCUAUAAUGAUGGGGCCGGCUGGCAGGGAUCCUAAAGAUGACACCGAUACUGAGAGUAAAGAAAAGAGGCGCCGAAGGAGGGGAUCUAGUCAUGCAGAGGAGAGGCAAAGACCUUUGCUUAAGGAAGAAAUAGAGCUUGCCGAGCUCAUGCGUGGUCACGAUGAGGAGGAUCCGAUGAAGGAAUACUUAAUUCAGGAAAAGAAGGAGGAAGUUGCUCGAGCAUUAGAACUGUGGUCUAAGAGCCAAAAGAAACACCGCCGGCCAGAUGAUGAUCGCGAACGCUCUUCUAGGCAUAACCAUCAUCGUCACAAGCGAAGCGACAACAGAUCUCGGUCCCGUGAAAGAUCUCAUAGAAGCCGGGAUGAGAACAGUCGCCGAGAACGGAGCUAUCGCGAUCGAAGAUGA